AUGGCCAGGCUUAAAGCAGAAAUGGAACACAACACAUGUGACGCCGUGGCAACUUUUUCUCUGUCAGACGAAUUUUUUAAUGCAUGUCAAACCUCGUCUGAACCUGCUGUGUCAGACGAAAUUUUUGAUGAAUUGCAAAUGGACCCAAAUUGUUUGGCAUCAAUAGCUAUUGCUUUGGCCUUACUUGGACGAAAGACAAAAUUUUACAGAUCUCAACUUCGUCUCCCAGAGAAAGAUUCUGACGACUUUAAAAAGAUGAAACCAGAAUUUCAAGACAGAAUGAGAAAGUUUUACCCAAACGAAGAUAACGGCUUUUGGAAACGGUGUGUUGCAUUUUUUAAGCGUCGGAAGUUUCUCGACUGUGCCCCAGCGCCUUCAGACGUCUUUGCCCCAGCGCCUUCAGACGUAGCUAUGAACUCGCUAAAUCGUCUGCUGGACGAAAUGCAACAGCUGUCAUUGGAUAUAUUGGACGAAGCUGCCACCCGGGAGCA